AUGGAUGUAGAGGAUAAUUCAAUGAAUUUCUAUAGUAUGAGCAAUUAUGAAGACACUUCAAAUAAUAAAAAUACAAAAUUAAAUGAUAAGGAAGAAGAUGUUAUAUCUAACAAAGAUCCUCUAAACUCCACAAAUGGUAUAACUGAUUUAAGUUGCGCACUUGAAAAAUCUUGUGAAAGUUUUGUAACCGUUUCAGAUGCAUAUUCAUCUUCUAGUUCUCUUUAUAAAAGUAAUUUUUAUGAUGAUUAUGAAGAUAAUGAUGCUUAUAAUAUUAACAAUGAAGUUAACACAUUAAAACAUAGUUUUAGUAGAAAUAGCUCGAGUGAUAUUUCAAACGACUCUUUUUCCGAUGAUCAGUAUGAAACUCCAUAUAUAAAUAAAAAAUAUAAUAAUACUAAUGUAAAAAAUAGUUUUAAUAAAAAAUCUUACAUAACUUAUAAAGAUGAAAAUAAUUCUAAUAAUAAUAAAAUUCGCGAAGGAAAAUCUUUAAAUAUAGAGAACAACUUAAAAAACAAAGUAUCAAUGUUGAAAAAAAAAACACAAGAUAUUUCCUCGCUUGAUAAAAAAGAAAAUAAAACAAACGAAAGUGACGAUGUGGAUUCGGAGCGUGGUUCUAAUGAUGAUUUAGUCAAUUCUACUCAUAUGGAGAAUGCAAAAAAUGACAAUAAAAAAACAAAUGUUUCUGAAAAUGGUAGUAAUAUGGGGGAUUGGAAACAAAACAAUGAACAUUCGGAUAAAUCAGAUCAGGAAAAUCAAAACAGUAAAAGUGAAAAUAGUGAUGAUGAUCUUUAUUCUGUUAUAAGUGGGCCAGAAAAUUAUGAUGAAAUAUUUAUGGGAACCCCAAACGAUGAUUAUUACAUGAGUGAUAAUAUAAAAUUAAAAAGAAAUAUCCUUAAUGAGAAUCAAAAUAAUAGUGGUCAUACUAAGAAUAUUGAAAAUGAAGAUGACACAAAUUUUAACGCUACUAAAUAUACAACAUCUACAAAUUUAAUAAAAAGAAUAAAAUUUUCGGAUCAAUUAGAAUCUAUAAAAAAAAAAAAAAACGAUGGAAAUGCAUUUAGAUCAUAUAAUAAUAACCAGGUAGAAGAAGGUGAAGACGAAAAAAUGAUAAAAGAAAAAAAAAAACUAAAUAAUAAAUAUAAUGUACAAACAGAUUACGAAUUUAAGAAACUAGUAAUAUCUACAAUUAAUAUGUGUCAUCCAAAAAUAAAAAAUAUAGAUGAAAAUGAAGAUAUAUUAUUUACCAUGGAUAAAAUAUCAAAAAUUGUUAUUGAAGAUAAUAAUAAAGAUGCAUAUAAAACUGAUGAUAGUGAAAUUUAUGAUGAUUGCAAUACGAACAAUAGUUUAUAUGACAAGGUCGAUGAUAUCUUAGAUGAUAGAAAUAAAUAUAUUAAGGAAAAAAGAGAUAAAUAUUUUUCAGACGUUAAGAAUGGAUUAAAAACUGGAACUAAUAAUAAUGAUGAUGGGCUAUGGAUAAAAAAAACAAGUGAUAAAAGUGGGGACAAUUUAAAUGGUGUAAUUGGAACUACAAAAAAUAAUGAUGCAAUAAAUAAUUGUUUAAAAAUGGAGAAUAAUAAAAAUAACGAAGAACAAUAUAUAAAAGCAAAUAUGGCAAAUUCUGUAUAUUAUUUAAAUCAUGAUAUGAUUGAAAUUAAUGAAAAUGUAUUAAAGUUAUAUAGUGGAUUGUGUAAUUAUGUUGAAAGAAACAACUGCACAAAAAAUAUUGUAAGAAUUGUACCACAUUUAAAUAAUAUAUAUGAUAAUAAAAAAUUAUGUUAUAUUAAAGAUUCUCCUAGUUUUAGCGAAAUUUAUAAAGUGAUUCCUGAAUGGAAAGAUUCAUUUGAGCUACUAAAUAAAAAAGCACAAACAGACACAGAAGAUAUGAAACAUAUAUUAAAAAGGAUUGAGAAUAUUAAAAAUGAUUUAAAUAUUUUAAAUAAAGAUUUAAUAGAUGAUAAAAAAGAAUUUGAGAAUAUAAAAUUUGAAACUAUUCAACAUGAGUCUAUGAUAUCAAACUUUGAAAAAAAAAAUAAAACAUAUAUAAAAGGAGUAUUAAAAUUAGAUAAUAUGUCAUUUAAACUAAAAAAAAUACAUAAAAUUAAUACAAACAAUUUAAAUAAUUUUAAUAUAACAGAAAAUGUAAAUAGACUAUUGAAAUAUGUAGAUAAUGCAAUGACAGAUUAUUCUCAAUUAUUUAACGAAGAAAAAAGUAUAGAAAUUUUGCGUUUUCAACAGUUAGAUAAUACGUUCAAUAUAUUAACAAAUACUGAUGAUGAAUAUUCUUUUCUUAUGAACUUAUUAAAGGAUGAACUAAAAGAAAUGAUAUAUGAAAAAAAAGAGCAAUUACAAAAUAUUAUUAGAAGAACAAUGUUAUAUAAAGCAUUUGAUACUACCUCAUUUAAAGAUCAAAUAACUAAUACACUAAAUAAACAAACUUUAUUAAUUAACCAAAUAAAAUAUAAUUUACAAUGUAAUGUAUUAUUAUUAUUUGAUAUGUAUACAAAUUUUUCAAAAAAAAAUAUAAAAAUAAUAAAAAUACCUGAAAAUUAUGUAAAAGAUUAUACUAAUGAAGUUAUUAAAAAAAGUUAUAUUAUUAAAACAUUUAAUGAUACAAAAAAAAAUGUAUCUAAAUAUUUUAAUUGUAUCCAUUUUACAAGAAACAGACCAAUCACACACCCAUUUUUUAUACAUUUUUGUUUGGGUGAAAAAUUUUUAUAUCAUUUUAUCAACUUUGUUUUAUAUCCAUUAUCAGAAGAAAAUCAAAAAAAAUUUAUGCAAUAUUGUUCAAUACCUGGAUUUAAUUCAUUUUUAUUUGUCGAUAAAGUUUUGAAAUUACACAAAGAAGAGCAGCAAUUUCCUAGUACCGAUUUAACUUAUGAUUUUUCUUCUGCUUAUGAUAGAAUUGGAAAAACAGAUUAUAAUAAUACAUCUUUAAUAAACCAAUAUAUGCAAAAAUGGAAUGAACUAAAUCCAUAUUUACUUGCUUUGAGAAAUGCAUCUGAAUUUUGUUUCCAGCAAAAUCCCAAUGAUAUUAAUGACAAUAAUGAUGACUAUACUAGUUAUACACUUAUGGAUUCAAAAAAAAAUGCGUUUGAUUUAAUAAAUCAUAUUCCAGAUUCAAUAAUAGGAAUGUCUAAUGCCGCAACAGCAGCUGCUGCAUUAGCUUCAUCUCCAGGAAUUUGCAAUAAUAUUAAUCCAUCAUUAGGAUUUUCGUCAUCUUUUGACAAUAUGAACAAGCUUAACAACACAUUUUCACUUUUAAAUAAUCAAAUGUCAAAUAAUACAAAUACCAUGUUUAAUAAUAUUACAGGAGUUGGCACUAAUCUUUCGGGUCUUAAUAGUGGCAACACAUUUGCUUCAAAUAAUAAUUUAUUUGCAAAUAAUUCAGGAAGUAAUUUAUUUGGUUCUACUUUUAAUAAUUCUACAAGCACAACUAUGAGGAAUAAUAGCACUCCUUUUGGAACUACAAAUAAUAGUUUAUUAUCUGGAGCUAAUUCUUCCCAAAGUAUGUUUAAUACUAAUUUGCCAAAAAGCUCUACAUCUAGUAUUUUUUGUAAUACAUCUACUACUAGCAGUUUUAUGGGUUCAGGAAUGAAUAAUACGUCUAAUAUGUCUGUAGGUGGAUCGACUAGCUUAUUUGGAGGUAAUAAUUCCCUUGGUAAUAAUAUGCUUAACCUAAAUAAUAGAAACCCAUCGGAAAAUAACUCAGCUGGUGGAAUAUUUGGCUCAUCAAAUUAUUCUACUACCGCUAAUAAUAAUAUGUUAACUGGUUCGACUCCUUUUGGAACUACAAACAAUAAUUUAUUAUCUGGAGCAAAUUCUUCCCCAAGUAUGUUUAAUACUAAUUUGCCCAAAAGUCCUACAUCUAGUAUUUUUGGUAAUACAUCUACUACUAGCAGUUUUAUGGGUUCAGGAAUGAAUAAUACACCUAAUAUGUCUGUAGGUGGUUCGACCAGCUUAUUUGGGGGCACUACCAACCUUGGAAAUAAUAUGCUUAAUACAAAUAAUAGAAGUAAUAACAUUUUAAAUAUGUCCAGCACAUCUACAAUGGGUAAUCAACAAAAUAGUUUGUUAAUAAAUAACAGUGCAAUUGGCAAUAAUAAUAGUGGACUAUUUAAUAAAAGCACACUUGGUUCUUCGAGCAUUUUCAAUUCUUCUAUGAAUAAUAAUACAAAUUCGCAAUUUAAUAGAACCACAUUAAAUACAACAUCAAGUAGUUUAUUUGGCAAUUCGAGCACAUCAAAUAAUAAUAACACAUUAGGCUCAAACAUGGGAAUGAAUAAUAAUACAAGUAGUAUCUUUUCGGGGCUAAAUAAUAACAAAACUACCAUGUUUUCAAACAAUAACAUGUUUGGAAGUAAUAUGAAUAACAAUGCAAAUUCCUCAGGGUUAAAUACUGGGUUGUUUUCAUUAUCUUCUGAUACAAACAAAAUUGGAAAUAAUAAUAAUAUGUCAAAUUCUCUAUUUACAAACUCUAGUGGUAUGUCAAGAAUUAAUACAAAUAAUAACAAUAAUAAUAGUUUAUUUUCUAACGUGAAUAAUUAUGGAGCAUCUAGUAAUAAAAGUAUGGUAAAUACAAGUUCAUUUAAUAGAGGUAUAAAUAUGGGAAGUAAUAAUAAUAUGUCAUCAUAUGGUUUAGGUGGAAAUACCAACUUUGGUAGUGGUAGUUUCAUGGGUGGAAAUACUAGUGGCAAUAAUAGUACAUUUUCUGGAAACAAUAAUUAUGGGGGAUUGUUUGGAGGAAAUAAUGCACAAAAGGGAACAAGUAGUAGCAUAUUUAGUAACAAUAACACAAGUAUGUUUUCAAAUAAUACUAGAGAUACCAAUAUAUUUAAUAAUUCAAAUAAUUCAGCAUCAAAAAAUAUGUUCAAUAAUAGAAUGUCAUAUAAUAGCACUAACAAUAUUACUAGUAAUAAUAGUAACACAUUUGGAAAUAAAACCGGAUUUUCUGGGUCUAAUAAUUUAAACCAGUUUUCAACCACCUCUAACAAUAUUGGUAAUACUAGUAGCAACAAUAGUAUGUUUUUAUCCAAUAAUAAUAUGAUGAGAAAUAACUCUUCUUUUCCACUUUCAAAUAAUAACUAUAUGUCUAGUUCAAAUUUAUCAAAUAAUAACAGCUUAUUUCAAAAAAAUACAUUUUCAUCAACUCAAACUAAUAGAGAUUCCUUAUCAGGCUUUAAUACACUAAAUAAUAAUAGUAGUAGUAAUAAUUUUGGAAAUAAGUUUCAACAGAAUGUGGGAAACACUUUUGGAAAUACUUUUGGAAAUACCACAAAUAAUAGCAUGUUUUCAAAUAACAAUAGUUCAUCUUUUGGUGCUAAUACUAAUACAGGUUUAGGUGCCAAUAACAACUCAAUGUUUCAGCAAUCAAAUUCAAAUUUUCAAUACAAUUUUAAGCCCGCAAAUAAUAGUAGCUUAUUUUCGAGAUAA